AUGGAAACACCGGAAGAUGAGAAGAAAUCCGAGAUCGCCACUCAGGACUCCGAGGAUGUGAGGUCGUUGCGAUCAAAAGCGAAGCAGUUGCGCGAUCGCGUGAACCACUUCUUCUCUCGAUGGGCGGAGAGGACAGAUACCAAACUCUAUCAGAUGUUUUUCGUUUGGUUUUCUGUAAACAUGAAUGUCCUCUCCUUUGGAACUGGAUCCGCGGGUCCAGCUUUCUAUGGGCUAGGCUUGCGACAGUCAUUGAUCACGCUAUUGAUAGUUGACCUGAUCUCUUGCACGAUCCCGGCAUACUUUGCUAUCUUCGGUCCCAAGCUCGGCAUGCGGUCAAUGGUUCAAGCACGUUACACUUGGGGGUAUUACGGAGCAAUGCUCCCAAGCGCUCUGAAUGUAUUCUCUAUGGAGGGGUUCUUGAUCCUCGAUUGUAUCAUUGGAGGCCAGAUGCUUGCUAGCGUCUCAAAUGGACAUCUAAACGACACACUGGGAAUUGUCAUAAUAGGUGUUAUCUCUCUUGCUGUCACGUUCUUUGGCUAUCGGGUCAUCCACUGGUAUGAGAGUGUUGCGUGGAUACCCAACGUCAUCGCCUUCAUUAUUAUGCUUGGCGUUGGUGGGAAGCACCUCACGAUCGAACCCGCACCUGGUCCUGUAGCACCGUCUCAAAUCAUUACGUUCGCUACUGUGGUAGCUUCCAGCGUUAUCAGCUGGUGCACGAUGACCCCCGAUUAUGGCGUAUACCACCUACAGAAUACCUCAAGAAUGCGGGUAUUCAUAUAUACAUAUCUGGGGUUCUUCGUGUCAAGUAUCACGGCACAUAUGCUUGGUGCUGCUUUCGCCGCCUCAGCUCUAUCGGAUCCUAUUUGGGAAUCAGGCUUUGACAACGGCAACAAUGUUGGCGCCCUGGUUGAGGCAGUGCUUUCUCCUGCAGGGGGUUUUGGCAAGUUCAUAACAGUCUUAGUCGCGCUCUCCAUUCCAAGCGCAUGUGCACCUACGAUGUAUACCUUUGCAUCAAGUCUCAUGACUAUCAGCUAUUAUUUCGCAAAGAUACCAAGAUACAUUUUUGCUAUCAUCUCAACAGCUAUUCUGAUCCCCGUGGCCAUAGUCGGCGCCACCCGUUUCUACGCAACCUUCACAGACAUUCUCAGUAUAAUUGGUUAUUGGAGCGUCAUCCACGGCGUCAUGAUCCUUAUAGAGCACUUCCUCUUCCGCAAAGACAACUUCAACGCGUACGUAUUGGAGGACUUCGACAAGCCUCGCCGCUUAACUCCCGGAAUCGCGGCGUUGCUCGCAUUUUUCUGCGCCUUCGGGAUAAUAAUCCCCUGCAUGAAUCAGGCAUGGUAUGUCGGGCCCAUCGCCAGAGCGGGCAGUGGAGACAUUGGCAUCAUUGCGGGUAGCUGUGGCGAUCGAACGAAGGUUUUCUCGAGAAAAUAG